AUGUCGGUCGACGAAAGCUCGGGAAGACGGGAUGGUGUGCGCGACUACCUCGUCAUGACCGCGGUCAGCGGCACCAGCUUCAUCAACAGCUACUUCAGCGGCGCGCUCACCGUCUCGCUUCCGCAAGUGCAAAAGGACCUCAAUAUCGCUGCAUCGGCAUUGCAAUGGCCGCUCACGCUCUAUGCGCUCGUGUUGGGUUCGACUUUGCUUCCCAUGGGUCGGUUGGCCGACGUCUACGGUCCGAGGUUGCUCUUCUUGAUCGGUAGUCAGUCAUCUCCCGUCCCCAUUCCCCGACCUCCCAGCCGCGCCCGAGCUCGACCAUGGGGGGAGCGGAGGCGCGAAAAACCACCAGUCCACUAUACUGAUACCAGGGCCACAUCGCGACCUUUUCUGUCUACCAGCUGCACUUUACUUUGUCGUAUCCGUGGCCGUCGCAUUGAGUCCCACGAUGAUCGGCUUUUCGGCUUUUUCCUCCAUGCUCGGUAUCGUCAGUCGUCGCCCUGAUGCCCAAGCAUCAUCAUCGACGCUCACUCGCUGACAAAGAUCGGCAUCCCACUGAACACACCUGUUCCCCUUCCGGGAAAUAGUGUGCCGCAGCGAAUACUCCUUCAGGGAUAGGUAUUCUCGGGUAGGCCUCAUUCCCUCGCCAGGACUCGGCCGGUCGGUCGCCGGUCAGAAGAUACUGAAACUCCUCUUCUAAUCCGCCGGCGCAUUCAUAGGCGCCAUUUUGAACCGGGACCGAGGAAGAACAUCGCUUUCGCCCUGCUCGGUGCCGGUCAGCCGCUCGGCUUCGCUUCCGGUCUGGUCGUCGGCGCUCUGUUGACAGAGACGAAACUCGGAUGGCGAGGUCAGUUUCUCGGCCUCCUGGGGGACUUCGAACUUGUCAUUCGACUCCCAGCUGACGCUGCGGUUGAUGAACCAGCGAGCUUCUACGUCCAAGCGGCUCUUGCGGCUUUAUUUGGUGUACUCGGCUUCUUCGUCAUCCCCAAAAUUUUCGCCAUGGACUCGGGGGCGAUCCCUCUCGUCACCGCACAAAGUGCCGAUGUCACCCUUGCGGCCACUUCGGACGCGGCGUCGGUUGCCUCCGCUGCUGAGUCAGCAGCACCCAGUCCACCUGACUUGUCUCAAAACAGAAGAAUCGAUUGGAUCGGUACCUUGCUGUCGUUUGCAGGGUUCGUCUUGCUCACCUUUGCGUUGGCCGAUGCUUCGAGCGAGCCCCUCGGGUGGAAAACGCCCUGGCUGCCACCCUUGAUCCCGAUCUCCGUCCUGCUCCUGAUCGCCUUCUUCUACUGGGAAGUCCGGCUGCAGCAUAUGAUCAUCGCGUUCUACAGCUCGCCGCCAGAGCCCAAAUUGGGAGGAAAGCCGAAACGACCGCCACCCCCUCCCAUUUUGCCUCCUGGUAUUUGGACGACUCCUCAUCUGCCCGCGAUCUUGGCCGUCGUCUUCUUUGCCGUGAGUAGCACAUCGCCAUCCACAGAUCCCGAUCGCCCUCUGACCAGUCCAACUUCACGAAAUUGCAGUGGGGAGCUUUCAACACCUGCACGUACUACGUGAACCUUGUCUUGCAGCUUGUCAUGGAGGAGUCAGCGCUCAAGACAGCCUUGUUCCAAUUGCCACUCAUCGUUUCGGGGAUUAUUUUCAAUGUAAGCCGCGCACACCUCCUCGACAAUCGAAGUUGGUCGCUCAUGCAUUUUCUUCUCUCGCUGUCAACCACAGAUUAUUCCUGGCUACGCGAUCAGCUACAUCCAUGGCAAUACUCUCAUCAUCAUCUCGAUGACCCUGGGCAUCAUCGCUCCUAUUCUCCUCGCCGUCGUCAAGCCAGAUCACGGGUACUGGGCCGCCAUCUUCCCUUUGCUCGCCCUCGCUCCGGCGACCGAUCUGUCCUAUACCGUCGCGACCAUCGCUAUCUCACGAAGCGCAACCCGAUCCCAACAAGCCACAGCUGGCGCCUUGUUCCAAGUCACGACGAGGCUCGCAACCUCGAUGAGUCUCGCCAUCAUCUCCUCGAUCGCGACACUUGCAUCGGACAAAUAUCUCGCCGCAAACCCAUUCGCGGGUGAUCUCAGCCCCAACACGACCGAGUCCCCCGAUGUCCUGUUGGCGGGAUACCGUAUCGGAGGGUGGCUCACAUUCGCUUUCGCCGCGAUCGCGUUGACUAUCAGUCUCUUUGGCUUGCGAGGGAUGGGCCUUGUCGGUUCGAAGGAGGAAAAGGCCGAGUGA